CUUCCAGCAGGAUCAGCAGUUUCUCCUUCUCAAUUUGAUAUGCUAGUCUUUAUUUGCUACACAGCAAGUUAACUUGUUAGAGGGCUUUAUCACCAAUUCAAAACACUUUGGAAAAGCGAGUUUUGUUUAGUUGGCUUUCCUUCCUUGUUCCUAACGGGGCCCAGUUCCUCUGAGGAAGAUUGAUGAGAGUACAAUCAAGGUCUUGAAGUGUAUCCACCACAGAGUCAGUAACAGUUUUCACUGGGAGCGACUACAGUUUGUUGGAAAGUAUCUACCAAAGAAGACUGGGCAGACAAAGGGGGACAGACAGAUCGACAUUAUGGCAUCAUCAGGUCUACAGCUCCUUGCUUUUAUUCUAGCCUUAUCUGGCAUUUCUGGAAUAAUCACAGCCACACUAUUGCCAAACUGGAAGGUAAAUGCAAAUGUGGGCUCAAAUAUCAUUACAGCUAUUAUUCAACUUCAAGGGCUGUGGAUGGAUUGCACGUGGUACAGCACCGGGAUGUUCAGCUGCACACUGAAAUACUCAAUCCUAGCCCUUCCUGUCUAUGUGCAGGCUGCAAGGACCACCAUGGUACUGUCUUGCAUACUUUCAGCCUUGGGGAUUUGCAUUUCCACAGUGGGCAUGAAAUGUACCCGGUUAGGAGGGGACAAGGAAACGAAAAGCCGCACUACUUUUGCUGGAGGAAUCUGUUUUAUUCUUUCAGGUAUAUCUGGUUUAAUACCUACAUCAUGGUACACAAAGGAGAUCAUUUCAAAUUUUUGGGACCCAACAGUCCCAGAGCAGAAUAAGCAUGAACCUGGAGGAGCUAUCUACCUUGGAUUUAUUUCCACAGUGCUACUAUUUGUUGCAGGGGUGAUUUUCUGCACCUCCUGUUUAAAAAUGCAUCAAGAAGCCAGGUUCUACCCUCCCAAGCAGCAGGGUCAUCGAACUACUCAGCCAGAGAACAAUGCAGGCUACAACCUGAAGGAUUAUGUAUGAAGAAUUGUGUAUAAUAUGUGGUAAACGAAAUGAUAGUAGUGUGUUUUUUUACUUUAGAUGAAAAACAAAUCAAAUUCACAUUUAACUCUCUUUUGUAGAUGAUAUAGUAUGUUACUAUUAAUAAGCUAUUUGAAAUCUCAAGAUUUUCUUACUUCUGAUUCUUUUCACAUUUAUUACUCAAGGGUUAUUUGAAAAACUGGUUCCAUGUGGAUUACAAAGCAAUUGCUGACUUAAUUAGUGCUAUAGUUUACCUGUUGAAACAUUGGUUGAAAGUGGAUUAACUAGGUUCCAAAAUGUGUACUUUUGAUGUUUCAUUCUGAGAAUUCAACAGGGUUAAAACUCAGACGAAAGCUCUGUGCCCUGCUUUGGAACCAGAAGUAACAUCUGCUUUGGCUUUCCAAUUCUCUAACGCCAUGGUAACUCGGUUCUUUUUUUCAAGCCACAAUAUAUAAUUGCAUGUCAGGCGCUGAAGAACUGUCACUGCCAUUCAGAUAUUGCCAGAAAUGUCCCUCCCAAGCCCCCACCUGCUGUUCAGUAUCUCUGGCCCUCUUUCUUUUUGCAUUUCAAAGGAAAUGUUUACAUAAGUUUCCAACUGUUGUUAAGCAUUCAGCCUAACAGUUCAAGCUAGAUCUGAGAGGGAACAACUGGUAAAUGUUGUCAAAAGAAAGAAAAUAUUUAGGACCUUUAACCCACUGACUAUAGAUUAUAUGAUAUUACUACCUGUGAAAAAAAUAACAGGACUAUCUUUCCUACUUCUAUCUCCAUUAAGGUAUGAUUUCUGUAGAAAUUGUUCGGUCUCUUCCAUCAUUUAGAUUUUCUACCUCUUUUAUUUAAGCUCAGAUAUAUUGUCAUUUAUAAGUAAUAAGUGUUUAUUUCCAAAUUCAUUGAUUCUUUAUUUCCAGACCUGAUUUAAACACACAAGGUUUCUAGUUUCUUUAAAAAGGACAGAAACCUCAAAUAAAAUAAUAAAAUGAAAGCUUUGAAUAAAAGAAAGCAUUUUAUGUAACUAUUUUGUUUUGGUCCAAGUCUGUAAUGGUAUAAGGAACUUCUGAAAAGGAAAUUCCUUCUCCCAAUGCAGAUCAUCAACUGUUCUGCAUCUAUAAAAAUCUCUCAAAGAGAUGGCAUUAAGGCAUUGAAGAGGUUAAGUGACUUAACUAGAGUUAUAUUGCCAGGAUGGGUCAGAGGCUGGCCCUGACCCCAGGUCUUGCUGACUUUUAUCACUACAAUACUUUUCUCUUUCAAAUGUUAAGGUAACCAAAUGUCAAACUCUAUCUAGAAAAGGGAAAAAAAAUUGAUUUGCAUAAGUCUGUUUGGUAAGAAAGGAAAUUUAGGAUAAUCUUGAUUUGGGAGAACCCAAUAAGUCUGGGAGUCAAUUUUAUAAUCUUAAGUAAUAUAACUUCCCAGUUAUUUUAAAGUGCUACAGAAAUAUUUGUUGUUGCUUAUUAAUGUAUAUUUAUUAGAUUAUGAUAAUAGAAAGAUGAUGAAUUACUAAUGUAGUAAUAUCACUGGAAAAACAACUUAUUUGUGGCUAAUAAAAUAGGAUUUUUUGCUUGUG